AUGAAGACGUCCUCAUCCCAUGCUCAGCCACUUGCGCCGACGCGUGUUCGUAAUAAAAUUAACAACUGCGUUAAGAAUGUCAAAUGGCAAAAGGAAGAGGAUGAAUUGCUGAUGAAAUUAAUGCUGGGAAAUAUGCAUCCUAACUAUUCUAGGAUGGCUGAACAUUUUCCUGGUAAGACAGGCCAGCAGAUUGCAGAGCGCUGGGAUAAAGUUCUUAAUCCGGAACUUGUAAAAGGUUCUUGGACAAGACAAGAAGAUGAAAUUAUCAUUAAAUUUGUACAAGAAAACGGUACUAAAAACUGGAAAAAGCUCUGCGAGCUAUUGCCAGGUCGUAUCGGUAAACAGUGUCGUGAAAGAUGGCGAAACCACCUUGAUCCAAACAUCAACCAUCAGCCGUGGACUCCUGAAGAAGAUAACCUCUUGAUAAAGUACCAUGAGAUGUAUGGAAAUAAGUGGGUUCAAAUUUCGCAAUUAAUUCCGAAUCGUUCUGAUAACGCGAUUAAAAAUCGAUGGAAUGCUACGAUUAAAAAGCUUGUGAAUUCGACUCCUAAGCCUGAAAUUGAGACUAAGGAUACAGUUCCGUCAACAAGUCCUGCUUCAACUCCUGUUGUUCAGACAUUGAUAUCAUCUCCAUUCUUAACAACAGUUACGCCUCUCGGAUAUCUUUCGCCAGGACUGUCAUUGUUAGAGAAAAAGAGUCCUAAAGGGAAGGAAGCUAGUUCAUCUUUGACCGACAACUUUGCUAAGCUCCUUGAGAUGAUUCCCAAAAAUUAA